GUCCGAUAUGUUACUUUUGAUGUUAUUUGUAUUUUAUAUUCAAAAAUAUUUUCAAAUCAUUAACGAAGAAUCAUAAACCCUAAAAAUCAUACCUUUUUUUUUACUCCUCAUUCCCCAAUUUAGGGUCGGUCUGUGUGAUUUUGGAUUUCAUGAGAUUUUGAUAGUCGACCACCCGUCGAUCUUUGGCGGCACUCGAUCUAUGGUUCACUGUAACUUUUGAAUUUUGAGACUAAUCUUCGUAGCCUGGUCGAUCCAUUUUCACGAACUGAAGAAUCAGAUAGAUUGCUUCUGAGCCUCCCGUCAUGUAUUCUCUGAUACUCCAUGGAAAAAGGUUGGUCCAGUUGAAGAAAUGUCGUCAUUUAAGCGUUCCAGUGAACCUCCUCGAAAAGGCAUCUCCUUUUUCCAAUUCCUUCUCCUAUGCUAAUGCUACAGAUGCGAGCCUUAGAGCUGGUCGAAAAGGGUUGAGUUUUUCUGUCUCUUACCUCGUUGAUUCAUUGGGUUUACCUAAAAAGGUCGCAGAAUCGAUCUCAAAGAAAGUCAGCUUCGAGGACAAAGGCAAUCCUGAUUCUGUUCUGAGUCUAUUGAGAAGUCAUGGGUUCACUGAUUCUCAGAUCUCAAGCAUCAUUACGGAUUAUCCACAAUUGCUAGUAGCUGAUGCUGAGAAAUCAAUUGGUCCCAAGCUUCAGUUUCUGCAGUCCAGAGGAGCUUCAAGGUCUGAGCUCACUCAUAUUGUAUCUACAGUUCCUGAAAUCUUGGGGAAGAGAGGGGACAAAACUAUCAGCAUAUACUAUGAUUUUGUUAAAGAGAUUAUAGAAGCGGAUAAGAGUUCCAAGUUCGAAAAGUUAUGUCAUUCUUUGCCAGAGGGUAGUAAGCAGGAGAACAAAAUCAGAAAUGUUUUGGUUUUGAGAGAAUUGGGUGUUCCUCAAAGGUUGUUGUUCCCAUUGCUUAUAUCUGAUCACCAACCUGUCUGUGGAAAAGAAAAUUUUGAAGAAUCACUCAAGAAAGUUGUUGAGAUGGGUUUUGAUCCAACCACCUCAAAGUUUGUCAAAGCUCUUAGGGUUGUUUACAGAUUCCGCGACAAAACUAUAGAAGCAAAAGUUAAUGUCUGUAAAAGUUUAGGCUUUUCUGUUGGAGAUGUAUGGGCAAUGUUUAAGAAGUGUCCUUCCUUUCUGAAUUUCUCUGAGAACAAGAUAGUUCAAACUUGGGAAACCCUGAAGAAGUGUGGACUACUCGAAGACGAUGUCCUCUCAGUGUUGAAGAAGUUUCCACAAUGCAUUAAUGCUUCAGAGCAGAAGAUAAUGAACUCCAUUGAAACAUUUCUAGGCUUAGGAUUUAGCAGAGAUGAGGUUGCAAUGAUAGCCAAGCGCUUUCCUCAAUGCCUUAUUUUAUCUGCAGAGACAGUGAAGAAAAAGACUGAGUUUCUGGUGAAGAAGAUGAAUUGGCCACUAAAGGCUGUGGUUUCAACCCCUGCGGUACUUGGAUACAGCUUAGAGAAGAGGACUAUCCCAAGGUGUAAUGUAAUUAAAGCUCUCAUGUCCAAAGGAUCGCUUGGAAGUGAACUCCCUGGAAUGUCGUCUGUUUUGGUAUGUACCAAUGAAGAAUUCUUAUGCAGGUAUGUGAAGAACCAUGAUGACAAGAAGAUAGUACCUGAGUUGAUGGCUAUUUUCACCGGAGAUCGCGUUUCAUAGAUCAGAAGUCUUGUCAAGGAUUUUGCUUUUAUUUUUGAAUUUCUGAAACCUUGAUUUUAGACUUCAAAAGCUAUCCAACUUGGAAAUGUAACUUUUAAUGUAAUGUUGAAUCUUUUAUGAUAUAUUACCAAGAUUGGUAGCUUAGAAACGGCAAUGCAGCCAAUUAGUAGACAUGUGAAUCCAAACUAUGUGUUUGCUGACUUUAGUUUUCUAAAUAAUUUUUCUUCUCACUUUUUGCUGACCUUGUUCGUCUUGACUCUUGAAUUUUUACUGACCUUGUUCAGGAGCUGCAUUGCACACAAGGUUUCUUGACUGUCUCUAUACGUCUUGAGUUUGGAUCAUGUAUUGUCUUAUUUCUGUAUCAUGGUUUUUUGAACUGCAGAUAUGGAUUGAAAUUUGGAAUGAUGCAAUGCAGCUCCUGAGCUCUUGGAUUGGUCAUGACUCUGGAAUAUAGCUAUCAUAGUGGAAACCGAAGAAGCUUGAGACCUUUUUUAAUCUUGUUGAGCUGCUAAGAGAGUCGUUUCAAGUUCAAUACUUUACUCUGAAAACCUUUUAUACCAAGGUGUAACGUACUCAAAGCUCUCUUGUGGAAAGGACUGCUCAGAAAGAGAAGUGAGCUACCUGCAGUGUCCUCUG